CCUCGCGCCUCCUCCUCUGCCCGGCACGAUCCCCUCCACGUCUCGAGUAUCGACCGCCUCUCCCCGGCCGUAUAUAUGCCACUCGAACCGGCCUCUCCCUCUCCUCCUUCCCUUUCUGCUCGUCAUUUCAAAGAAAAUCCCACGCCUCUCUCUCUCUCUCUCUUUCUCUCGCUCGCUCGUUGCCAUUUCUUUGAGCAAGACAAAUAUAGAGAGAAAGGAGGAGAAGCGGGAGACCCAUGAGUGUGUAAUAUAACCUGGACGUUGAGGGGAGUCAAGAAGAGAAGGCAUGGCGAGAGACGGCAGCGGUGAGAGGAGCAAAGGAGAUGAGACGGUGUCGUUCUUCAAGCUCUUGUCUUUUGCGGACAGGAAAGACGUGGCGUUGAUGGUGCUCGGCACGAUCGGGGCGCUUUUUAACGGGGUGGCGAUGCCGAUCAUGACUAUCGUUUUCGGUGAGCUCGUCGAUGCGUUCGGCGGAAACAACAGGGCCAUGGUCGUCGAGAAGGUGUCCAAGGUGGUUCUGAAGUUUGUCUAUUUAGGUGUUGCGGCUGGUGUUGCUGCCUUUCUACAGGUGUCAUGUUGGACAGUGUCUGGAGAAAGACAGGCGGCACGAAUUCGUGGUUUAUACCUCAAAACCAUAUUGAGACAGGAUAUUGCAUUCUUUGAUAACGAGACGGCAACUGGGGAAGUCAUUGGAAGAAUGUCAGGGGACACCAUACUUAUCCAAGAAGCUAUUGGUGAAAAGGUUGGGAAGUUCUUACAACUAGUUGCAACUUUCUUUGGUGGCUUUAUUGUAGCGUUCACUUCUGGCUGGCUUCUGGCACUUGUAUUGCUGUCAGGUAUACCUCCUAUUGUCAUUGCUGUCGCAGCCUUGUCAAUGACGAUGGCCAAAAUCUCAAGCCGAGCACAAGCGGCAUAUUCUGAAGCAGGAACUGUAGUUGAACAAACAGUUGGAUCCAUCAGGACUGUUGUUUCCUUCACCGGUGAGAAGCAUGCCAUUGACAAGUACAACGAGCUCAUAAGAAAUGCAUACAAAUCUACUGUUCAAGAAGGAAUUGCUUCUGGCCUAGGAAUUGGUUUUGUUCUGUUGAUUGUGUUCUGCAUGUAUGGGUUAGCUAUAUGGUAUGGUUCCAAGUUGAUAAUUGGGCAUGGCUAUGUUGGUGGAUCUGUCAUCAAUGUUAUAAUGUCUAUUAUGACUGGUGGAAUAGCCCUAGGCCAGGCAUCCCCAUCUGUGAGUGCAUUUGCAGCAGGGAAAGCCGCCGCAUAUAAAAUGUUCGAGACAAUCAAUCGAAAACCAGAGAUUGAUGCCUCUGACAUGAGCUGUGUUGUGUUAGAAGAUAUCAAGGGUGACAUUGACCUGAAGGAUGUUUACUUCAGCUACCCAGCAAGGCCUGAUCAGCUGAUAUUUGAUGGCUUCUCAUUGCAUGUACCAAGUGGCACAACUAUGGCUCUAGUUGGAGAGAGUGGCAGUGGAAAGUCAACUGUGAUUAGUUUGGUAGAGAGAUUCUAUGAUCCUCAAGCUGGUGAAGUGCUGAUAGAUGGUGUCAACCUAAAGAAACUGAGGCUCGGGUGGAUAAGGGACAAAAUUGGACUUGUUAGCCAAGAACCGAUCUUGUUUACGACCACCAUUAAAGAGAAUAUUUCCUAUGGAAAGGAAGGUGCGACAGAGGAAGAAAUUAGCAGAGCAAUUGAACUUGCUAACGCUGCCAAGUUCAUUGAUAAGAUGCCUGAGGGACUUGAUACAAUGGUUGGUGAGCAUGGAACCCAACUCUCUGGUGGACAGAAGCAGAGGAUUGCAAUCGCUAGAGCAAUUCUGAAAAACCCCAAGAUCUUGCUUCUAGAUGAAGCAACAAGCGCAUUGGAUGCUGAAUCUGAGAAAAUAGUUCAAGAUGCAUUGGUGAGAAUCAUGGUAGAUAGGACCACCAUAGUUGUUGCCCAUCGCUUGACCACUGUGAAAAAUGCUGAUACCAUAUCAGUUGUGCAUCGGGGAAAAUUAGUAGAGCAAGGUUCGCAUGCAGAGUUGAUCAAACACCCUGAUGGGGCUUAUUCUCAACUCAUACGCCUGCAAGAGACUAAUAAAGAAGCUGAAAGAGCAUCUUUAGAGGAUUCGGGAAGGUUACUUUCAAGUUCUGAUGCAGCAAAGUCUCCAUUCAUAUCUGGGAGUCGUCAGUUUUCCUUCAAGAGAUCCAUCAGUAGAGCUUCCUCACAUGGCGGAAGCGGGAGGCAUUCUUUCACUGUAUCCCUUGGUUUGAUUGGUUCUUUGGAAUUCCAGGAGGAUGGCCCUUUAGAAGAUGAACUCAAGGUAAAAGAGGACGAUGUUGAUAAAGUGGGCAAGCAAGUAUCUUUCAGACGGCUGGCCUAUCUGAACAAGCCAGAGAUACCGGUUCUUUUAGGAGGAUCCAUUGCUGCAGCCGGUAAUGGAGUGCUUUUACCGGUGUUUGGACUGUUAAUCUCAGUUGCCAUCGAGAUAUUCUAUAAACCGCCAGAAAAACUUCGUAAAGAAGCUGUAUUUUGGACACUGAUGUUUGUACUUUUGGGAGGCAUUUCACUUCUUAUAGUGCCUGUACAACACUUUUUGUUUGGAGUGGCAGGUGGGAAGUUGAUCGAGCGUAUACGCUCCUUGUCAUUUGAGAGGGUGGUGCACCAAGAGAUCAGCUGGUUUGAUGAGCCUCAAAAUUCCAGGUUCUUGGCAUUUUCUUUUAAAGAUUUCUCUUUGUCAUAUUUAAAUGUCAGAUUUCUUUCCCACUCAAAUGUUGCACUUUGCCUCAAUCUUUGGUAUCCCUACAUAAUCAUUUGCAAUCUUCUUUUUUUCCUCAGUGGGGCAAUAGGGGCAAGGCUAUCAGCGGAUGCUUCAACAAUCCGAAGUCUUGUAGGGGAUUCCUUGUCACUGAUCAUUCAGAACUUAGCGACUAUUAUCGCGGGGUUUAUGAUAGCGAUGGUUGCAAACUGGAAACUUGCACUCAUAGUUUUAGUCUUGAUACCUUUCUUGAGUUUGCAAGGAUAUGCUCAGGUUAAGUUACUUCAGGGUGUCAGUGCAGAUGCCAAGGUAAUGUAUGAAGAAGCAAGUCAAGUGGCAAAUGAUGCAGUCAGCAGUAUUCGGACAGUUGCUUCUUACUGUGCAGAAAACAGAAUCAUGGAUACUUAUGAAAAGAAAUGUGAAACUCCUUUGAAAAGUGGAAUCCGACGAGGAAUUAUAAGCGGCUUAGGUUUAGGUUUCUCAUUCUUUGUGCUCUAUUGCACAUAUGCUAUUUGUUUCUAUGUUGGAGCACUUUUUGUGCGUAACGGGAAUGCAUCCUUUACCGGUGUAUUCAGGGUCUUCUUCGCUUUAACAAUGGCAGCCCAAGGAGUUUCACAGUCAAGUGCCCUUGGUCCAGAUACCAAUAAAGCUAAGGAUUCAGCUGCUUCUAUUUUUGCAAUUCUUGAUCGUAAGUCCAAGAUUGAUUCAAGCGCCAGUGAGGGGACAUUGUUAGCAAAUGUUAAGGGACAAAUUGAGUUCCAACAUGUCAGAUUCAACUAUCCUACUCGUCCACAUGUCCAGAUCUUCAGAGACUUGUGCUUGAAAAUUCCCUCUGGAAAGAGUGUUGCACUCGUUGGAGAAAGCGGCAGCGGAAAAUCCACGGUUAUCUGCCUGCUGGAAAGGUUCUAUGACCCUGAUUCUGGUAGGAUCUUGGUAGACGGAGUCGAGAUUCAAAAGUUCAAUAUUAAUUGGCUGAGACAGCAGAUGGGAUUGGUAGGCCAAGAGCCUGUAUUAUUCAAUGGCACAAUUCGUGCCAACAUAGCUUAUGGGAAGCAAGGGGAAGUGCCUGAAGAGGAGAUCAUUGCAGUUGCUGAAGCAGCAAACGCGCAUAAGUUCAUAUCGAGUCUUCCUGAAGGAUAUGAGACCAAUGUUGGGGAAAGAGGGGUGCAGCUAUCAGGCGGGCAGAAGCAGCGCAUAGCAAUUGCAAGGGCAAUCCUCAAGGACCCUAGAAUUCUUCUACUUGAUGAAGCAACGAGCGCUUUGGAUGCAGAAUCCGAGCGAGUUGUCCAAGAAGCUCUGGACAGAGUGAUGUUUGGAAGGACAACUGUUGUUGUAGCUCAUCGGUUAUCAACAAUUAAGGGAGCUGAUAUAAUUUCUGUCGUGAAGAAUGGUGUGAUUGCCGAGAAAGGACGGCAUGAGACGCUGAUGGACAUACCUGGUGGAGCAUAUGCUUCACUUGUUGCACUUCAUUCGAAUUCUUCAUGAUAGGAUAGGGCUGUGCUAGGUUGAAAAACAAUGCAAGACACCUUUUUUCUCGAUUCUAUUCUUAAAGUAGCUUCUGUCAAACAGCAUCCACAUCGGUCUUGUUCUGUUACCUACCCAUUUUAUUAGAAGGUAACGACAGCUUUCAAAGAACUGCAGAAUAUCAAGUCUAGGAGUAGAUGAAAGUUCUUUAAAAGUUGUCUAGUAGUUAAAUUGUUAGUUCUGAGAGAGGAUAAACUGAAUUUGUUUCGAAUUCUUCUUUUUACUAUGAGAUUCAGAUGAUAUUUGUCGCAAGUAUAA